UUCACUUUCUUCAGAGCAAAUAUGGCUCUCGUGGUUAUUUAAACUCGAUUCACCGCAGUUUUUACUCCGCCUUGCUCAACGCAGCUUGCCUAUUUCCCUUUCGAUAAACUCGACAGUACAGCAUCCCCAAAGCAUUACAACAUUGAACGUGAUAUAUCCUCUCUUACAGUCUCAAAUUCCUCAACCAAAAUGAGUACACCUCUCACAGAAGCAGACUACACCCUCCCCAUCGAUUACAUUAGAGUUAUAAUCGAAGUCCCCGAAACAGGCCACGAAUCGGACACAUACAGCGGAAGCCAUCCAUCGAUCUACCUCCUUACCAACGAUGACGGAUCAGUGCGCCUGAAUAUGUCCAGGGCAAAACCUGACGAUACUAUGGGAACCUAUACACCAGAGCGGUGCUCGUACCGGUGUAUCGAUUAUCCCCUCAAGGUCGUCGAUCUGUCAGCGGUAAAGGGCUUGACUGUUGGGGAUGUUACGAGGCUUAUUAAGGGUAAGGGGCGUGAUAGAUAUGAGUUGGUGGUUAGUGGGACGGGGUGUCGGUUUUGGGUGAAGACUGUUAUCGACGAUUUGAAUGCUGCGGGCUAUAUCGAUGAAAGCGCGGCUGAGGUUACACAGGCGCAGAGUAGUUUGUACAAAAACUACCGGAUGGAGGAGGAGGAUUCUGAGUACGAGGAGAUUGUCCCGGGGGCAUUCGUUUAGCAGUGGCUUGGAUGCGGGUUCAUAAACUCGUAUUUCAGGUGAAA